GUUUACCUAACUAUUCUACUCAAUAUAUAGCUAGAGCGAGUUGUAUAAUAGUAGACGCCGUGAUGUAAGAUGCGUUAUCGGCAAUAAGGAUGCUAUUACUAUAAGCCCCGAACUGUAGGUACCUCAGUAUAUAAGCGCAUGGAGGUUAAGACUACAUAUAGCCCCCAUUCUGGGUUUUCUUGGUUUUCCAACAUAUUCCUAGAUAUAUCGUUUAGAAUUGCAAUCUUUAGAACAAUGACGACCCUAUCGAUCGAUAGCUUAGAGGCCUUAUCAAAUAAGCUCUGUGAUCAAAUCCAAGAAUUGCGUACUGCUAGCAACAAUGAUAUUCUUAUCAGACGAGAGGCGGCGGCAAUUGCGAAAAGACUGAUGGAUGAACUGAUAGACCCUGAGCAGUUGGCUGCUGAACAGACCGUCACGGUAUAUAUUUUCAUGAUAGUACUAUAUCUACUCAAGAUACCUAACCUAAUGACGACUUGAGUAGCUGGGUGAAUGGGCUUCCAUCCGCAUGUUUAUGAAAUGGAGACUUUUCGAUAAGAUUCCUUCGGAAGGUAGCAUCUCGUAUGGGGAGCUAGCAGACUCUAUUUCAUUCAGCGAUGUAUCCACGAUUACGACGAUGAUGAAUGCGUCAAUAUACUCAAUAUACUAGGUAACUCGCUUCCUGGAGAAGAGCCACGAGCGAGGGUCUUGAUAAACGAGCAAAUUAUGACCGACCCUCCUCAUCGAUUUGUUGCGGGUUUGGACAUGGUGAUGCUGACUAUGGCUUCGCUACAGCGAUCUGAGCGGCAGUUGGAGAAUCUUGCAAACCGGGCUGGUUUAACUAUGGUCAAAGUACAUAAAGCAGAGGGUGCAACCAGUAAGUACCUAACCUAUUGAGCAUUUAGUAGUGAUCGUUCUCAGUGUUCGCGUAACCCCAUCCAUAUACCUAUAGCAUUCGUAUACGGAUCCCGGGAUACUGAUAGCUACCUAAUUAUCUCUUUAGUGGGUAUUAUGGAAUGCAAGAAAGCCUCGCCGUCUCUUUAACAUAGAAAUAGUUCCAAGCGUAUGAUGGUAUGGGGGGCGAACGUAUGCACUUCUUUCAAGGCGAGAAUGAAAAUGAAGCAUUUUAUUUAUUAUAUUAUCAUAUAUUCUUGAGGUAAUUAUCAAGCAUUGCAUAAAUAUAACUG